CUGGGCGCGUGCUUGUGCCUGAGUCCCGGUGUUCGCGUGACCCGGAAGCAGUUGUCCCGGGAAUUUGCGCAGAACGCGAAAGCCUCGGCCCACCUGGCGGCCUGGAGCCUGGGGUCUGAAUAAACCCGGGUCGGAGCAGGAGCCUCCCGGACCCCGACCAGGAGCUGUUGGAAGGUUGUUACGGAACACAAUCGGCAUGAUAUCAUGGAGUACGAGUGAUGCCCUGAUGCUCCAGCAGAGGUUAGGGAUAUUAAUGGCCAGAUCUAUUGAUCACAUGGUCUUUUAAAGAAGCAAUGGGUAGCUGUUGUAGCUGUCCAGACAAAGAAGCUUUUCAAGAUAACCAACCAAACAGGUUCAAGGUUAUUAAUGUGGAUGAUGAUGGUAAUGAACUGGGGUCUGGCAUAAUGGAGCUUACAGAAAAUGAACUGGUAUUGUACACGCGCAAGAGAGACUCUGUGAAAUGGCCCUACCUUUGCCUUCGCCGCUAUGGAUAUGACUCAAAUCUUUUUUCAUUUGAAAGUGGCCGGAGGUGCCAGACCGGGCAAGGAAUUUUUGCUUUUAAAUGUGCCCGUGCAGAAGAGCUGUUUAAUAUGUUGCAAGAGAUAAUGCAGAAUAAUAGCAUCAGUGUAGUGGAGGAGCCCGUGGUUGAGAGGACCGCCCAGACAGAGCUUGAUGUCCCAAGAACCCCUCGAACACCCACCACUCCUGGUUUUAGUGGUCCUGGGUUACCCAACGGAUACCCUCGCUAUCCAUCUUUUGGGGAUGCACCUUCACACCCUUCCAGCAGACAUCCUUCAGUAGGAAGUACUCGCCUUCCUUCAGUAGGAGAAGAGUCUACACAUCCGUUGCUUGUACCAGAAGACCAUGUGCAUACAUAUGUCAACACGACUGGGGUACAGGAGGAUCAAAAAUCCAGACCAAGCGUUCCAGCACCUCUAGAGCUACGUCCUCUCAGUACUGAAGGAAACAGGACCCGGAGUGAACAGCCUCCCAUUCCUGAUAGAGAACCACAGGUUUUUCUAGAGCCUGAAGCAGUAAAAUUUGUUUUAGGACCAACUCCUGUACAAAAACAAUUAAUGGAGAAAAAGAAACUGGAGAAACUUGAUGAACACCAAGCUGCUGGAAAUGGUGGUAGCAGCUGCCCAAACAGCACAGAGUGGGACACUGGUUAUGACAGUGAUGAGCGCAAAGAUACGCCUUCUGGCAAUAAAAUGGUCUAUGAAAAUGUAAAUGGAAUAUCCCUCCCUUCUUCUGGGUCCAGAAGGGGGCGAGCAGUACCGUCCAUUGCCACAGACAUCCAAAAUAUGAAUAAUUCUGCACAGAGAAGAACUGCAUUAAUAAACUAUGAAAAUUUGCCAUCUCUUCCUCCGGUUUGGGAAGCCCGGAAACCCAUCAGGGAGGAAGAUGACACACCAGGACUGAAGACCCCGUCCUUGAACGGUUUUCACAAUAACUUAGAUCCCAUGCAUAACUACGUGAACACGGAAAAUGUAACCGUUCCGUUAAGUGCUCACAAAGUAGAAUAUACCAGACGUCGGGAUUGCACACCAACAGUCUUUAACUUCAACUUUGAUGUAAGGCGCCCGAGCUUAGAACAUCGACAGCUUAAUUACAUACAGGUUGAUUUGGAAGGUGCCAGUGACUCAGAUAACCCCCAGACUCCGAAAACCCCUACCACUCCACUUCCACAAACCCCUACUAGGCGCACCGAGCUCUAUGCUGUGAUAGACAUUGAAAGGACUGCUGCUAUGUCCAAUCUGCAGAAAGCACUGCCACGAGACGAUGGUACUUCUAGAAAGACUAGGCACAACAGUACUGACCUACCUAUGUGAGCCUUUGAAAGCGCGUUGUCAUUUGCACCUUUUUGUGAUAUUUCUUAGCAACACAAAAAGCAAAAAAACUUUCAUAUUUUAAAUACUAACACUUUUUUUGUAGACUGAAUUUUACAUGUGCUUUUGUUUAAAGGGAAUUUUAUGUAGAGUAGGUACUCAUAAAAUACGUUUCACUCUACAGUAGUAAUACGUACUGUAUAGCUGCAGAACUGCAUUGCCAUUUUCCGUGCCUAUUUAAUUGGAUAGACCUGCAGUGACAUUGCCAACUUUGGAUUAAUAAACAUACUAGAUACUUGCCUAUAGUUUGCAUUUAGACUGUUGCCGUUUUACAGCUGCAGGAACCUUUUUUUUUUUUUUUUUACAUUUUGGAAUGCGUGAGGUAUAUACAGCAUGUAUUUUUAUACUAACUUUUUAUGAAGCCAGAAUUUUGCCAAAUAUGUCUCACCAGCAUUUAGUAUUAGGAUGUUGGUAUGAGUGUACAGAUGCUUCUGACUAUGAAUGAACCCUCUGAGUUUAUAGGGAAUAUGUUCCACUCCCUGGCGCUGAUUGGGUUAGAGUGCUGUAUUAGUCUUACAACAUGCUCCAUUAAAAGGAGCAGGUUGCUUUCCCUCUUUUUUUUUUUUUUCUCUCGCACGUAAAGCACUAUCGAAGUUCUGUUCCAAAAAUGGCCACUUGUAGGUUAACAUCUCACAUAAAGUUGUUGAGGAAUAUAGAUUGGGUUGGUUUGUAUUUUCAAUUACAGUGUGUCAGGAUUGCAUUGAUUAAAUGCAGACUCGUGUAAAGGCCAAAAAUGUUUCUUUUAUCACAUUGUAUGAUAUUGUAAGAUUAUUGCGUGUCCUUAAUUUGCCUUAUAAAUUUUAAUUUUUUUUCCUACUUAAAGAUAUAUAAAUAGCAACUUUGUAUAAA